GCCUGACAGCCGGAGCCCCGCCCCUGCCCGGAAGCCGCCCGUUGCCUUGGUAGUGAGGCCGCGCUGCUUCCCGGAGCGGCCGGGGCCCGGUCUGGGACGGAAGGAGCCGGGGAGAAGGGCGGCAGCGCGAGGCCCUCCAGCCGCCGGCAUGGCCAGGCCGGAGAUGGCGGACGAAGCGCUGUUCCUGCUGCUGCAUAAUGAGAUGGUGUCUGGGCUGUACCGGGCCGCGGAGCAAGGCGAGGGGGAAAAUGGACGAUGCAUCACUAAAUUGGAAAAUAUGGGGUUUAGAGUAGGACAAGGAUUAAUAGAAAGGUUUACCAAAGACACUGCCAGGUUUAAGGAUGAGUUAGAUAUUAUGAAGUUCAUCUGCAAAGAUUUUUGGACUACUGUAUUCAAAAAGCAAAUUGAUAAUCUAAGAACCAAUCAUCAGGGCAUCUAUGUACUUCAGGACAACAAAUUUCGUCUCUUGACACAGAUGUCUGCAGGAAAACAGUAUUUAGAAUAUGCACCUAAGUAUCUGGCAUUUACCUGUGGACUUAUCAGAGGUGGCUUAUCAAAUCUUGGAAUAAAGAGUAUUGUGACAGCUGAAGUUUCAGCAAUGCCUGCAUGUGAGUACAUCUCAGAUUAGACAACUGUUGUAAGGUAAAUUUCAGGUGAUGAUACAGAAAAUGUAGAAUGUUCAGAUCUGUGUAUCUCCCCUUUUUAAAGAACCCCUGUGUACACUAAAGAUUACUUUAGUUUUGCCUGUAUACUUUAUAGUAGCAUGCAGCACAAUUCCUGUAUUAUGUAAAAAAUGUUAAUUUAAUAAAAAUAGCUUAACACUAUAUUAAUAUCUUGGAAUGAAAUUUGUACGUUCUGUACUAAGCAUUAAAUAUCCAGCAUAAUAAACAUUCAGCUAAGUACAUUUAGCAGAAACAGAUGCAUUUCUGUUACUAGAAGGCUGUAUCAUGAAGAUUGUAGGUAGAUGUAUUUUUUUUUUUUUUUAAAUCUUUAAAAUUGAAUUGAAAACUUGAAUUAUGGUUGUUCGGGCAACUUCUCCCCUCCCUUUUUGUUCUUUAUUAGUGUUAGUGAGAACCCUGUAGGUGAGAGGAGAUUGCAAACAUGAGUUGUUGAAGAUCUUGUACAUUUCAGCAGCUGGGGAGGUUGGCAGAGUAAUGGUAUAUUUAUCAGUUACUGAAAGAUGGCAGAGUUAAGGUUGCUUGAGCAACCUCAACUGUAAAUUUCUGUUUUCAGAAGUUUUUUACUCAAUUUAGCAUUCUGAAAGGUGAAAACAUAUCACCAAACACCCUUAACUUUGCAUUAACAUAGGGAUUUUUUUACAAUGAAUUUCCUACAUUUUUUUGAAUGGGAAAAGUUAUGUUGUUGGUAGGAAUUAGUAACUAUUUAGGCUGUUGUAGAUAUGUCCCAAAACUUUUAUACUGAGCCAUCCAGAACCUUUUUACAUCAAAUCAACUAGGUUUUAUCAGCCAUGCCCCUGACCCCUUCUCUACUGGCAGGCUGCCCACCAUUGCAGCUGGGAACAGAUGUCCCUGAAACCUUCACUAUCUGGUAUACAAACUCAUCUAUAGAAGAGUUCACUGAUCGUAUGAUCCAAUGUGAGAAAAGGACAACUAAUACAAUGGAGGGGUGUUUUGGACCAUGUUUUAGAAUAUUGGAGAGUGGUAUUUGUGUCAGAAAGGGAAUGAUUCUAUGGCCUUGGUUAUGGAGGCCUUAGGGCCACCACCAUCCAGUGUGUAUGGAUGAGGCAUCUGUCAUGAUUAUGAGGGUUAGCCAGCAGCCUGGGGAUUAAGGGGUUAACUACUCCUAGCCAGGUGGAGUGACCAGUAGGAA